GGGAUCUCCUCAUGACAAGAUGCCGUAGCGCUAGCGGCUAGUGAUGUCCGGUUGCUAUUUCGGUGGUUGUUUUUUCUUUCAGCGAAUCUGUAAAGAGCUCGUUGAGGCAUCACAGGCAUGGUUAGCCUCAGUAGGUUACUUGUACCCCAGGAAAGAGUCGCGUUGUCAGCGUCGACAUUUUCAACAUUUUUCUUGCCGGCCUUUGUCUUGUACUUUGCAAUGGGCGUGCUGGUCCAACGGAAACGCACGGCAAUGAUCAGAGUUGCGCUGCUCCCAGUCACUUUGUUGUGCGCAUGUCGUGCUGGUUCGUCGCUCGAUUUUUCUUUUGGUAUUCCCAACUACCGUUACCUCAACCAUGGCUUAGCUCUCGCCAUGUUCACCCUCUCGAUGCGAUCGACCGCUUGGGCUUUCGCAAAAAAACCAUAUAAACGGAACACUUUGCAACCGAACAAAGCAUCCAACAGUGAUACUUUGUCAAGCAGCACCAACGAUCAGUUGACCAAUGAUACCCCACUAUCCACCGCUCUCUGGAACGCAUGGGAUCUAUCAGUCAAUCUUCGCGGGAUUGGGUGGGAUUGGUCGCAGGGCCUACGCAUUCCAAACAGCAAUCAUGGAAAAAAGUCAACAUUAGAAUUCCUGCUCAGCGCUCUCGCAAAGCUACUAUUUUAUGCGCUUGCAUUUGAUGCUACCUCGGGAGCCGCUCGCGAGCUUUCUCUGGGAACAUCUGGAUCAGUCGAAGGGGGCACAAUAUUCGACGCAUCACUCUCACCCCUCAGCCGUUAUACCCAGUCUGCCGUCAUUACAAUCCUCUCUGGCUUUACGGCAUAUUUCGUGAUCGAAUUGGUGUAUCAAAUACACACCAUCGAAUUCGUCUUACUAUUUAGACAAGUACCGUCUCAAUGGCCGCCCCUGUUUGAUGCUCCGUGGCUCUCGACAUCACUGGCCAGUCUGUGGGGUCACAAGUGGCAUCAAUUAUUCAGGGAGUGUUUCAUAUCAGUCGGUGCUCGGCCGUUGUCAUACCUGCUUGGUCGCACCGGAGGAGUGAUUGGCGCGUUCCUUAUCUCAGGCGCUCUGCACUAUUUUGGAUUGAAGGCAAUGGAACGAGGCGGUCACCCUGUCGUUGUCUUUGGAUUCUUUAUCAUGCAAGCUAUCGGGCUUAUUCUUGAAGGCAUGUGGAAGAGGUGUACGGGCGUACGUGUAAAUGGAUGUUUGGGCUUGUUGUGGACUUGGGUUUGGGUAGUCUUUUGGGCUAGCUUCAUGGUUGAUGCAUGGGUGAGAGUUGGUUUGGUUGGAUCCAAGUUCUUCCCCGACGAUUACAGACCAACAGUCUUGCUUGCCCACUUUUUGAAACGUUAUCUCAAUCUGUUGUGAUUCUCCGAGAUGGAGAUGAUCGAUGUAGCUCAGCAGCGUCACGUUGAUCGCAUUAUUGUGCUGGGUACAGCUUAAGAAUAAUGAGAGGCGCCCACAGAAAUUGUCCCUACUGACACAUGUACACAACCGUUGACAUGGACAGCGAACAUGAAUAGGUUCACGACUGCUCUACAUGAUAGCAUGUUCUCCAAGGGAGCAGCCGGCCCGGGUCCUGUCCUCCUG